UGUAAUCUUAAUUUUUUUCGCGAAUUUAACGCUAUGUUCGUUUCAAAUGAAUCGUUUAAUGAAAAUAAAUCACGGUUAAACAUUUGCACGUAUGAAUAUAUAUGUAUCUAUGUAUUCGUAACAAGUAUCAAGGGUCUUUGAUCGAGACAUAGCGUAGUAUGUAUUGCGUGCAGUAUAAGUAUCGAAGAAUCGUCGAAGGUUGAAGGGACCAAAGAAUGGUCAGAAAAGACAGUAGAGUGGGGAGUAUGGUUGACGGUGGUGGGGGGUCACGGGGUAAGAAGUGGGGUAGAGCGGGACUAUGAGUCGGUAGUGGCGGCAGUUGCGUCUCGAACAGCGCGCGUGUUGUUUCGUUCCGUCCUAUACGUGUUAUCCUCUCGUGAUAGCUAUCGAAGCUUUUACGUGCCGACAAAAUUUGUUUCUUUUUUUUCAUUUUGUGUCGCGACUCGCGCCCACGCGGUAUCACAAGGGAAACCGUAGUUACGUGGGACGUUCUAUAAAGCGGGACAGUGAAUUCGGUGGUGUUUUUCAGUGUUACUUUUCUGUGUUUAACGUUCGUUUAUGUUAGAAGACGUAGAUGUUAGUUCUCGCGUAGGUUUUACCACGAAGAUUUUUUGCUAAACACCCAUUGGGAUUUUUUUGUGACUUACUUCUUCACGUCGAGGGUUGUUGACACUGGGCGAGUACGCAUCGCACCGAUCCAGACUAUAUUUCUGGAAUGACGAUCGGUGCGGCGAUGACGAGGAUUGAAAGCUACCGCUGAUUCAUAGGAUACCCUGCAGGGCCACUCGCUACCAAAAUGAGCACAUCGCUGCGAAUUUUGGCGCUAAUCAGCUUAGCUGCGCAGAACGUGGCUUGGCCGCAAGAUCCGGUUCCUAGGCUGCAUGUCAAACAUCGCGAGGUGAUUGGCCAGCGGUUCCUGGGAAACGAGAGCCACGUGGAGCACUUCAAGCUCCUGGAGCGCGCGACCACUUCCAUCCUGAUUGGCGCCAGGAACGCCAUUUACAACAUAAGUCUGCAUGACCUGACGGAGAUCGUCGACCAGCACCACGCAUCGUAUUUCCUCGAUGGAAUGACAAUUGAUCGAACGACGAGAUACUCUGUUUCUCCAGCGUGUCCCGGUGCCAAGUUAUACACGUCAGGAUAGUUGGAAUUUUCAUGGAAAACAUCUUUGGAAUGAAUGAAAGUCUUCCCUCGUACGUAUUCCGCGUUUGAUCUCGUGAAAGAGAGAGAGAGAGUUUUGCAUAUACAUGUGUACAGAGGUUGCACGGUUAUCGGUGGGGAAAAGUUUAUCCUAGCUUUUGUAACCGUUGAAUUUUUCCAAGAUCAACAAUGUGCGGUGCACGGUGUGUUUGAACUGAGAAGAAUGGGUCGCCGCGCGAUACGACGGCGGAAGAAUAGAUCUCGCUGCUUGCCAAGAUACAACGUACAAUAUUAAUCCGUUCGUGGCGACCAGGAAUUUAUCGUGAUGUGUCGAAUGUCGUACGACGAACAUUCCAAAGCAACGAUUAAGCGUAUAAAGU